AUGCCCGAAGGAUCGCAAACAGGACUUCCGGGCAUGAAGCGCGGAAUCGCGAUAGGUGUCGCGUGCUCUGUUGCCAUUCUGGUCGUCGCACUGCUCGCCUUUUUCGCAGUUAGGCGGCGGAAACGCAUCUUACGAAGCCCGAAAAACUCAGGAAACAACAUGGUGGAGCUUUCAGGGACUGAAGUGUGGCCGCAUGAGAAGGCCUUGCAGAUAGCGUCGCCGCCGCAGCCACCGCCGCUCCCGCUCGUUGAAGCGGAUGCGCGAGCGAUCUAUGAGUUGGAUGCGGAUCCGAUACUACCCGAGUUGCCCAGCGAUACAGAUGCUUCAACAAUCAAAACAAAUAACAAAUCUGAUCGGAAUUCCUGGUGCCUCGACGACGAUGCUGUUUACACGCAGAAACUUCAACAAUGGGACGAUAGGGGCCUUGCACUGAACACCCAGGACCAGUCGGACAAUCGAGAAAACGAACACCGAAAUUUACCACUGUUGACGAUUUCUGCACCUAGAGGCUCGCCAGGCGAUGUUUCACCUUUACUGGUGUCAUCCUGGGAUACUUCAUCACGGUGCGCCUCGCCUGUCAGCGCGCUGCCGGACGCUCACCUACCAUCGCAUCGCCACGAACACUGGCAUCGUUGA